CAAUUAACCACGCGUGUGUGGUUUUUAUAUGGGCGCCAAGCCUAAAGGUCACCAAUUAGACGCCUCCCGAAGGCAAUUGGCUAUUUAUUGGCUCGGAUGAAGAGCAGCGGCCGGGGCAGGCAGGAUAGGGUUUCCCGCAGUCAGCAAAGGAUCCCUUUGACCGCCAUAGAUUCGGUUUCUCCCUCCCUAGUUACGAGCGCCGUGUCAACACCUCUCAUUUUAUGACGACUAUUCGAAUGAAGUCUUCUGCCGAAUAAACUGAUGGUGGUGUGGUGGCCGGGGGCGUCCGGCUGCGCUCGCUGCCCGGCGUGGUGUUCCCUCUCCCGGGGCGACGCGCAGGGCUCGUCGCCGUAGGAUGCCUCCGCUGUGGAAACGCAUAAGCUUCUCGGUCGCCUCGGUGCUCUGCGUCGGAUCCGUGGCCCUCCUGCUGGUGGCCCUGUCCACAGAGCGCUGGGUCACCGGGCGCAUCCUUUGCAAGACCGGCGUCGAGAUCGUCAACGCCUCCCACCCGGAGCUGGACCUGUUCACCGGGCACGUCUACUACGGUCUGUUCCGCGGAGGGAAGACCAAGAAGUGCGGGCUUGGGACCAGGCGCUCCAAAAUCCACAUCUUCCCAAAACUAGUGCACACGUUGAACGGUGGCCUUCACGUGAUGGUGAUCCUCUUCCUGCUGACAGCCGUGUUCUUUGCACUGGUCAGUCUCUCCUUCAGCAUUUAUAAUGCACGUAAGGUCCCCUACCAGAGCAUCAAGGGUCAGAAGGGACUCUACCUGUGGAAUGUCAUCGCCGCUGUGUUCGGCACACUGGCCGCACUCUGCUUCCUGGCAGCCGUGAGGCACCACAGCCUCACCGAGCGCCUGGUCAACUACCGGGAGAACCUCUUCGCUUUGGUCGUCCUGGACGACGCGCUGGACUGGUCCUUCUGGCUGAGCGUGGCCAGCGCGGCCACUCAUCUGGCCGUGUGCGCAGUGGUCGCCAUGAGCCGUAUCAAGCUCCCCAAAAUGGAGGUCAAGAUGCCUGAGGAGCCCACCAUCUUCUCUCUGGACCUGCUCUACUGACAGUUACAUUAAAGAUGGUGCCAGGGUUUGUUUGCAUUUUGAAAUAAUGCCAAUUAGACAUGACUUUAUGUGAGAAUUUGACGAGAUUUCAUGACGUAGUUUGUAGAGAUGGAGUGUAACUGCAACAUGAACAAAAUGGCCAAUAUUAAUAUUUAUGAUCACAGAAAUACCAUGGAGAAUAGAACAUAUGAAAGCACUUUUUGUCUUAUUUUGCAUAUUGUUCAUAUAUUGAUGUUGUAAAGGAUGUUUGUACGUGUAUGUUCAUCUAUUAAGCUUUUCCUCCCUAACUGCCUCUGUGUAUCAGAUAAA